UUACGUUCUUCCGGGAUUGCUGUCAUGGUUCUUAAGGUCUUCUUCCCCUCUUGCUGUGCCACAGCAGAAAGUGGCCUUUUGAUUGGCCGUUGGAUCCCAGAACAGAACUCUGCUGUUGUCCUUGCUGUGGUCCACUUCCCUUUUAUUCCUGGCCAGGUGAAGCAAUAUCUCUCUGAAGUCCAGCGGGUGACUCAGAUCAAUAUGUGUGUGCUGGGCUCAUGGAGUAACAGCAAACAGGAGAAGGAAGAGGUCCUGGACAAGUUCCUGGAAGAUCUCAGCACAAUCUUUUCCCAUGAGCCCUGGAUACAGCUCAGCAAAGAGAGAGACAGCAAGUUUUGGAGCUGCUGUAUCUUUCAGAAAUACCCCAGCAGCCCCAAGGAAGAUGAAUUCAUCUUAGUAUAUUAUGACCAGCGCAAAGUAAUGCUUUCACAGCUGCAUCCCACCGACAACCUGACCACAUCUGCUGACCAUAAGGGAAAUGAUGCCUCAAAACUAGGUGCUGUGUUUGACACCGUUGCAAAGAGCAAGGUACUGUUCAUGACAGACAGAUACGAUGAUGGGCCCAUCAAGCUGACUCACUGGCAGUCAGAAGGAGUGGAAGCCAGUAUAAUCGUGGAACUGAUGAAGCAGGCUUCUGUGCCUGUGUGUAUGCUGCUGACAUUCCUGCUUUCACUUGUCUCCAGUGUCUGUAAAAGCAGAGUGCUGAAGUUUUGGCCUUUGUCUUUCAUCUGGAGUAAACUCUCAACUUGUGAACAGUUGGGGCACCGACUGGAGCACCUCCAGAUCAUCAGCAGCAACAGGAAGGCUCAGAACCAGACCCAGCUAAUGAGGAAAGCCAACAUCUUUGUUUCUCUCCUCAUUGACAUGGCUCUGGGAAUACUGCUAAUGUCCUGGCUGUACAGAGAGAAUCGGAUUGGUCAGCUUGCCGACACUCUCAUCCCAGUGGCUGAUCAUAUAGCCAAAGAGCUCCAGGACCUGCUUCAGUGGCUAAUGGGAGUGCCAGCUGGUUUAAAAAUGAACCGGGCUUUGGACCAGGUGUUGGGCCGGUUCUUCCUUUACCACAUUCACCUGUGGAUUAGCUAUAUCCACCUGAUGUCUCCAUUCAUUGAGAUGAUCCUUUGGUAUGUUGGCCUGUCAGCCUGUCUGGGCCUGACUGUAGUGCUUUCCAUCCUCUCUGACAUCAUUGCACUCCUGACCUUCCAUAUCUACUGCUUCUAUGUCUAUGGAGCCAGGCUCUACUGCCUGAAGAUCUAUGGCUUGUCAUCUCUCUGGCGCCUGUUCCGCGGGAAGAAGUGGAAUGUCCUGAGACAGCGGGUGGAUUCCUGCUCCUAUGACUUGGAUCAGUUAUUCAUUGGCACUUUGUUAUUUACAAUCCUGCUGUUUCUUCUGCCCACGACUGCACUGUAUUACUUGGUGUUUACCUUGCUCCGUCUGCUGGUGGUGGUUGUGCAGGGCCUGAUCCAUCUGCUCGUGGACCUCAUUGACUCUCUGCCCCUUUAUUCAGUCAUCCUUCGGCUCUGCAGAUCCUACAGACUUGCAGCUAGCGUGAAGUUCAGAGUCCUUGAACAGAAGGCUGGAAAACCCCUUCGACUCUUAAUGCAGAUAAACCCUCUGUCCUAUGGCAGCGUGGUGCAGACCUACAGGCUCACAACCUAUGCUUGUUACCCUAAGGAUUCCUGGAGCUCUCUGUGCAAGAAGCUGUUUGUUGGAGAGCUGAUCUACCCUUGGAAGCAUAAAGGGGAGAAGCAGGAUUAA